AAUUAGUGAGAGAAAAAGAGAAGAAAAUGAUUAAAAAUGGAAUACAGGCCAUCAUCUUUACUUGUUGUUCAAUUCAAAAAUCAACCUAGAAGAUCCUGCAGAUUCUGUAUGAUAUCUGCCGGAUCUUGCUUUCCAAACUGUCAGAUUUUCUUCCAUGGCCAACCUUUUUAAGACUCACCUUUCUCCUUCCUCCAUAUCCAACCUUCUCCUCCUCCUUUCUGGGUUUUCUUCGUUCAACAAUCAUGGCCAUGGGAAUGACAACUCAGUCUCAGACUCAGUUCCAUGUUCUUGCUGUUGAUGACAGUCUCAUUGAUAGAAAACUUAUUGAGAAGAUUCUCAAGACUUCUUCUUAUCAAGUUACUGCAGUUGAUUCUGGAAGUAAGGCUUUGGAGUUUCUUGGAUUGAAUGAUGAGAAUAUUGACAAUGAAGAUGAAGAUGAAGAUGAUCAACAAGUGGGAGUGAAUUUGAUCGUCACAGAUUAUUGCAUGCCUGGAAUGACAGGCUAUGAUCUCCUCAGAAGAAUCAAACAAUCUUCAUCUUCUAAAGACAUACCAGUUGUUAUCAUGUCAUCUGAGAAUAUCCCAUCAAGAAUCAACAGAUGCUUGGAAGAUGGAGCUGAAGACUUCUUUUUGAAGCCAGUUCAAUUAUCAGAUGUAAACAAGCUGAGGCCUCAUCUGAUGAAAGGAAUUGGAUCUGAAGAAACGCAAUCAAACAUUAACAAAAGGAAGAGUAUGGAAGAUAUUCAUCCCCCUGAUAGAACAAGAGCAAGAUACAAUGAAUUGGAAGUUGUGUGAUCUGCAAACCAGUUAUUUUCUGGGGAAAAUUUUAUUGGUUUUUGGAUACAAACUUAUGAACCAAUGCUACACAGCUAUGGGAUCUUCCUUGUAUCAGACUCUGGUUUAUACAAAAUCAAUGUAUAGAAUUUUGAUUCAUGUUAGAGAUAAGAGAAAGCUACGCCUACCUGAUUAUGCUUUAGAGUUACAUGGAAUCUAUGUUUCCAAAUGUAAAUUAGCA